AUGAGCAAGCUUUGGUGUUCGAGAAGGAGAUCUGGAUUUGAAGUGGUGGUUGUACGUGGGGACUUGACAGAAGAGGCCAACACUGCUCUCAGAAAGGAACAAGUCCCGCAUAGCGCCCCCAAGGAGACACAGGGCUCCUGUCACACCGGCUGGCGGGUUGUGGCGGUGCCAGCCCGCGUGAGCGAGUGUGUGCGCGUUGCCUGCGCCUGGGCGGGCGGACCCGGAGCAGUAGUGCGAUUCGCCCGGGAGGCGGCUCCGCAGAGGCGUCUUGCUCGCCGCCGCCGAGGGGCGGCUUUGCAAACUUGCGGCGGGCUCCCGGCGCCCAGGGACCCGCGGGCAAAGGUGCGGGGCGCGGUGCACGCGGAGGGCUGGGGCUGCGGGGCCGGGCCGAGCCUUCGCCCUUGGCCCGCGCCCUGGCGAGCCUCAUGCAGCUCCUGUGCUCGCCACCGCAGCUGCCCCGGGAAGGUCUGGGACCCGAACCUCGCAUCGCAGCGCCUGAGCGUCUACCGACCGGCGGCGGGAUGCUCCGUGUCGCCUGAGAGCGCCGCGUCUGGGUGCAAGAGGAGCCGGCUGGAGCCCGGCGCCCCAGGGAUCGCGAGGAGCCUCACGCCACAGCCGCCGGCGCCGGCGCCCGUCUUCUCGGUUCCGCUCGUAGGCCCGGGCUCUGCCAACCCCGGAGUGCGGCGGGGCAGCCAGACAGCCGUUCUCUUCGGCGGCAGGGGCAUGGAGGAGCGGCGGGCUCCGAGCCGCGCCCCGGAGUCCCCGAAACUUCCGAGCAGGCGCCCGAUCGCGCCGCUGCCGCCGCAGCCACCUCACCUGCCGGCCUGAGAACGGGACCAUGGAUGAAAGGUUCAACAAGUGGCUGCUGACGCCGGUGCUCACUCUCCUCUUCGUGGUCAUCAUGUACCAGUACGUGUCCCCUUCCUGCACCAGCUCAUGCACCAACUUCGGGGAGCAGCUCCGCUCCGGGGAGGCCCGUCCGCCCGCUGUCCCGAGUCCUGCCCGACGGGCACAAGCACCCCCUGAUGAGUGGGAGCGGCGGCCCCAGCUGCCACCGCCACCCCGGGGACCGCCCGAGGGGUCUCGUGGGGUCGCGGCUCCCGAGGAUGAGGAUGAGGAUCCGGGGGACCCGGAGGAAGAGGAGGAGGAAGAAGAGGAGGAGCCGGACCCCGAGGCUCCCGAAAACGGCUCCCUGCCCCGGUUCGUGCCUCGCUUCAACUUCACCCUCAAGGACCUGACCCGCUUCGUGGACUUCAACAUCAAAGGGCGGGAUGUGAUCGUGUUCCUGCACAUCCAGAAGACCGGGGGCACCACAUUCGGCCGGCACCUGGUGAAGAACAUUCGUCUGGAGCAGCCAUGCAGCUGCAAAGCUGGCCAGAAAAAGUGCACCUGCCACCGGCCGGGCAAGAAGGAGACCUGGCUCUUCUCCCGCUUCUCCACCGGCUGGAGCUGCGGGCUGCAUGCCGACUGGACCGAGCUCACCAACUGCGUGCCGGCCAUCAUGGAGAAGAAGGAUUGUCCCCGCAACCACAGCCA